AUGACUUCUCUUAAGGCGACAAAGGCUUGUGAUAAUGAUUCUCGAAGACAAACCACAAUGUCCAUGACUUGGAAUAUACCCCAACAUAAAAAUAAUUUGCAGACAAAGAGCGACGAAGAAUCUGAAAUGAACUCUCUUCUUUCGGACAAAUCAAGUAGUGCUGAUAGCCCAAGAGAGUCCUCAAGUAUUGAAAGAGAAAUGGACGAAACGAGCAGAGAAAGAAGGAACGGUAGUAGUAACAGAACAUGUUCAAAGAAAAGUUCAAGUUCGAUGUCUACUACAGAAUUAUGGUUUAAAGAAUUUAAUCAAAAUACUAGAGAAUUGAAUAAUAUUGAUGACGAUAGCGAAACCCCUUAUUACGUAAAUUCUUACAAAUCUCAUCCUAAACCUGUGUUAAAUCAACAGUCAUCUAUAACAUCAAGGCAUCAUCAACGUGCUGGACACUACGCCCAUGGACAUCGUAUGCCAUCAAGUCGUAACUUUUCAAAGUCGCCACAUCAUGGUAACUUUAAAAAACGUGACAGAUCUUCAGGCAGCGAUUCUUAUCGUUCAGUUAUCGACGAUUUAACUUUGAAAAAUCAAAAAUUGCGUCAAAAACUUCGAAAAAUGGAAGGUAGUCACGCAAAAACAUUACAUAAAGAAAAAUUAUUUGAAGUGCGAUACUAUCAAAUGCCCAGAGAGAAGCGACACGAAUUGGAAGAAUAUCUUAGACAAUUCGCCGCUCAGUUACCAACGCCCACGUCAAGUUCUACAAAUUUGACUCAAAGCCCAAUAAUCGAAAAUAAUUCCAAAACAGAACACUUAACUCCCGUUAAAGCAAAUGAUAAAUUAAAGAUGAAACAAGUCGUUAGAGCUAUUGAGAAUGUAUUUACCGUCCAACCAUCAACAGAUGAUCAUUAUCUAAAAGAUCAAGAAGAUGCAGAUCCCGAAGGAUACGUUUAUUUAAAUCUUUUGACGAAUAUGGCACAAUUACAUACAAUGAGCGUUACUUUGCCAUUCAUUAAACAAGCUAUUCGAAAAUUUUCAAAUUGUCUAGAAUUAAAUGAGGACGGUACGAAAGUUCGAUGGCGUACAGGGUUGGAUCAUGUUAAACCUGAUACCAUAGAAAAUAAAGAUGUUGAUAUAAUGGGAAGUGGAAGAAGUGUCGUAAUGUCUUCAAUAGGUGUAAGCGAAAGCAAAAGUAUUGGUGAUAAACAAAGUGAUUCUUCACCAUCGAUUCCGUCUGCUAAACCAAUCCAAAAUUUUUCUGACCCAAUGAGUAUUACGCCAUCCUCUUUAACUUCAUCUAACGGUUCAAAACCUAACAAUCAACAAACCGAAUCACCAUCUGUAACAUCUUCAAUAGCCCAUUAUCGUCCCGUAUUUCUUCAUCGUAGUCUUAGUUCGUCCCCUUCUUCAGAUGAAUCUAGUAGCGUAAUCGAUCAACAUGAUGGUCCAGUUAUCUACUAUGAAGGAGGUUUAUUCUGUACCGACUUUAGUAGGAGCGUAAUGAUAGACGAUGAUGAUGAUAAACAAACAUCAUCACGUCCAAGUCAAUCAUUGGGGCUCGAUCGUUCAAUUGGAGACGUUGAUAAUAUUGACGUCAUUCAAGAGAGAUGGAAUGUUCCGGUUUAUGAAAGAGCAACGAAUUUGAUUUUAGGUGGAAGCAAUAUUGUAUUAAGUGAAACAAGUGAGGAAGAUAUCAGCAGCGGGCAAGAGGCAGAUGACGAAAGUCCAAUAAAAUCAUGUAAUCAUCGCAAUACGAGUGAACACCCGCAUAUGUUCGUUGAUGACCUAAACUCCAUGGAUGCUAACAAUGAAUUAAACAAUAUUCUAAUGAAAAAGGACAUUAACCUUGAUUCUAGACGAGUACAGUCAUCACCGGGAAAAAAUUAUGAUGAGAUCAAUGAUUGGAACAAUGAUGAUCCUAAAAUUUCAUCAUCACAAACUCCAAUACCAAGCAACGAUUCGAAACAAGAUUUACCAAAUUACAAAAAAUUACAUACUGCUAAAGUUCCUGGAGUUAUUACAGAAGAUAAUUUCAUGGUAUUAGUACAAACUUCACAUCCUACGAGAGGAACACGUCAUGGGCAUCGUCGUCAUAAAUCAAUUACAACUUCAUCUAAAAAGAUCUCUCACUCCAAAGAAUCUUCAAUUGAUGAUGAUACUUCAAUGAACGCGUCAAGCAGCGGUAGUAGUACAGAUAUCGAAGGGAAUAACGGAAAAUCAAAAUCACAUCAAGUACUCUCAACAAGAUUAUUUCAAUUACCUCCUUCUUCGAGUCCACAACCAAGGGUUUCACCGACACCGGGAUUUAGAACAUCAAAUUUACAAAAAACUUCUUCGGAUAGUGGUGGUGGAUCAUCCGAUCACGGGUCAUCAUCAUGUUCAGAAUCUUCCACAUCAGCUGCUACACAUGAUAAUUCAUAUUUAUUCAAAAACAAUACUUUACUUCAACUAUUACAAUCAAGCGACUCAAAAACCUCCCAAUAUGAUGAGGCGGUGACAAACAUCACCAUAAUCGUGAAAAUCGUAUUGAAGAAAGUAAUCUAG